CGUCACCUCUGAUGAGACCAGCUCAAGACACAGCAGCCUGCGGACAGACCUGAAGCAGCUGAGGAAACUGCUGCUGCAGGACCCCAACCGCCCUGCUGCUGCGGCUGCUGCUGCUGCUUCUGCAGCUGCUGCUAGUAGCACCAGAAGAGACACAAAGACAACAGCUGGCUGCUGCACCCGCUGCAGGGGCUCUGGGGAGGGGCUUCGUGCUCAGCAGCACCAGCUGCUGCUCCUGCAGCACGAGCAGCACCAGCGGCUGCAACAACAGCAGCAGAAGCUGCUGCAGCAGCAACAGCUGCAGCAGACUCCAGCAGCUUGCUGCUUGAGGCCAAGGACAGCUUCCUUGUCCGCUUGCUGCUCGCGCCACCCAAGAAGCAGCAGCCCGCUUGUUGCAGCAGCAAAAGCACCCGCUGCUGCUGCUUCUGCUGCUGCAGAACGCAGUGGCAAGCACCUCAGGAAGCAGGUGCUGCUGCUGCCUCGCCUCGAGCCUGCUGCUGCCGCCCAAAGGGUUGGCUCCCGGCAAAGCACAGCAGCAGCAGCAGCAGCAGGAACAGCAGCACCAGCAGCAGGAACAGCAGCAGCAGCAGCAAAGCCAAUGUUGCACUCAAGGGCCUACAGCGCUGGCCCCCAGCUGCUCUCCUCAGCAUAUCGGUCUCGUGCUGCUGCUGCUGACAGCCUCAGCAGCGCAGCAGCAGCAUGCAGCUCCACCCGCGCAGCAGCAAGACAGCUGCAGCAGCACCAGAGGCAGCCGGCGCUGCAGCACCACAGAAGUGAAGUCCUUGGAAAGAGAAUUUGGAUUGUGAAGGAGCAACAGCUGCAGCAGCGGGACCCUCCAGCGGCUGCAGCGCGCGCAGUAGCAGCAGCAGCAGCAGCACGUGCAGCAGCAGCAGCAGCACGAAGCAGCUCUUCUCAGUUAGUGGUACUUUCUCCCCGGAAGGCUCACGAGCAGCACAGUGGCUCCGCUAUGCCGCCCCAGGGAGAAGCAGCAGCAGCAGCACGACCAGCAGCAGCAGCAGUAGCAGCAGCAGCAGCACGGGCUGCUGCAGCGAGAGCGGAUACUGCAGCAGCAAGAUACGCGUCCCCUACUCUCUCUUUUCUAACUCCCCGCAGCAGAGCGGGACGCAGGUGCAGCAGCAGCACCUUUAGCAACUGCAGCAGCAGCAAUGACGGGGCAGGACCAGCAGCAGCAGCAGCAAGGCUGCUGCUGCAGCGCAGCCGCAUGGGAGAAGCACGCCCACUAUCUCCUUACAGCAGCGGCAGCCUUGAAGUGUCUGUCUCUCUCGAGUCCCCUUCUGCUGCUGCUGAUGCUGCUGCUGCUGCUGCUGCUGCUGUAAACCCUUCUCUCAGCCCAACAGCAGCAGCAGCUACUUUAGCUGAGAUGCGGCUGAGAGCUUUAAGGGCCAGAAAGUUGGAAGCAGCAGCAGCAGCAGCUGCUGCUGCUGCUGCACGGCACGAUCAGCUCUCCUCCCUUGCUGCUAGUCCGGUGUACAGACGCCUGAGCAGCAGCAGAAGCGCUGCAGAGUGGAGAGAGAGAAGUCCUUGGGGCUCAGCAGCAG